CCCGUGUAUAUUCAGCGAUACUAAGCCCGCCCGCCCGCCCGCUAGAGCUUUCUUCUUUCUCUAGAGAUAUUGUACAUACAGAUAUGGACUAUGCGUGGUAUAGAGAGGCAAGGGAAGACGGAGAGAGGAGGAGAAGAGAGGCGAGGACGCGUGGAUGUGGAUGUGGAUGGAUGGAUGGAGGAGGGGGAGAGGAGGAGCAGGAGCAGGAGCAGGAGAGGAGGGCGAAGAAAAGCGAGGAGAGGGGGGAUAUGAGAAGGUCAAGGGGGAAGACGAUAGGGAUAUGUGCGGGUGCGGUGCGUGCAAGAGGAGGAAAACUGCCUUGGUGCUUUUCGUUCCUCCCUCCCUCCCUCCUCCUCCUCCUCCAUCACCUCCCCGUUCCUCCCAGCGCGGCGCACAAAGCGUUUGAGUGAGGUGGUUAGACGAUAGCGGUAGCGGUAGUGCUAGAGGUAUGGACGGAUGGAGAAGAGUCUUAUUUGCUUUACUUCCUGCGCUUCAUGACCUUGGUGCACAUCUCCACGAGGCCGUCCUUGGCGUCGCUGGGCGGGAAGAAGGAUAUGGCCUGGAUGGCAUUGUCGACGUACUGCUGCGCGAGCGCGCGCGUCUGCUCGAGGCCAGUGCUGCUCGCCACGAGGGCGCGGGCC